UUUUACUUUUUUUUCUAAUCUAAAUUGCAACAAAUUUUUUUGAUUCGGUUAUAACUAGAGGGAAAAACUUCAUGGAAUUAGUAAAUAAAAAAAUAAUCUCGCCUUUUAAUGGACAUAGAAUAAUAACGUAAGUAGCUAUACUAUCAAAGAUUUGGUAAAACUUUCUAUUUUAAUUAUAUAUAAGGUAUUUUUUUUGGGUAUAUUUCUAGAUUUCUCAAUAUCUUAAAAAUGUGAGAUCAUAUUUUUAACAAAUUAAUAUGAUUUAUCAAUAAAUAGUUGCUUAUCAAUAUAAUUUUUGGUUGUUCAUAUAAUUUUAUGGAUUUCUUAUUUAAAUAUAUAUUUGACUAGCGGUCAUAAUUAGUUUGAUGUGUGAAAAUGUUAAUAUAUAGAUUAGGCUGAAAAGAAGGAACUAAAAAAAGGGUUAAUCUCUACUACUUUUGCUAUAAUGACGCAUCAACAGCCAUUCUUAUCCCUUUUCACUUAAGCUUUUCUCUCCAAUUAAUUAAUCCUCUUCAAUCACUUUCACUAAAUUGAUACAUUUGCCAAAAAUGUAUGAAUUGCUCUGACUUUAAUUCUUCUUUUAUUCUUAUUCUGCAAUCUUUAUAAUUUCCUAGCAAAAAUUAUUCUGAAAAUUCCAUGAAGUGAAAAUUGCAUUGAAAUAGCAACAAAAAAAAUAAGGAUGUCGUCCGAACCAGCUCCUUAUGUACCCAAAAAUGUCCUCAUAACGGGUGCAGCAGGCUUCAUUCCGUCUCAUGUAACCAAUAGAUUGACCAAGCUAUAUCCUAACUACAGGAUUGUUGCUCUUGACAAGCUCGAUUAUUGUUCGAGUCUAAAAAAUUUGGAGCCAAGUUACUCGUGUCCGAAUUUCAAAUUUGUCAAGGCUGAUAUUACUAGUGCUGAUCUUAUCAACCAUCUUCUGGUUGAGGAGAAGAUUGAUACAAUUAUGCAUUUUGCAGCACAGACUCAUGUGGAUAAUUCAUUUGGAAAUUCGUUUGAGUUCACCAUUAAUAAUAUUUACGGUACUCAUGUGCUUCUUGAGGCUUGUAAGUUGACUAAAUGCAUCAAGAGAUUCAUUCAUGUUAGUACCGAUGAAGUUUAUGGCGAGACUGAUUUGGAAACUGACAUUGGCAAUCCUGAAGCUUCUCAACUCCUUCCUACUAAUCCAUAUUCCGCGACUAAAGCUGGAGCAGAAAUGCUUGUCAUGGCUUAUAAUAGGUCUUAUGGCCUACCAACAAUCACUACUCGAGGGAAUAACGUGUAUGGCCCAAAUCAGUUCCCUGAGAAGUUGAUCCCAAAGUUCAUUAUUCUAGCAAUGAAGGGUGAGCGUUUGCCAAUUCAUGGCGAUGGAACAAAUGUUAGGAGCUAUUUGUACUCUGCUGAUGUUGCUGAGGCAUUUGAUGUGAUACUGCACAAAGGGGUUAUUGGACAUGUGUAUAACAUUGGUACUAAGAAAGAGAGGGCAGUUUUGGACGUGGCUGCGGAUAUAUGCAAAUUGGUUGGAAAGAAUGCUAAAGAAGUUAUCGAGCUUGUACAAGAUAGGCCUUUUAAUGAUCAAAGGUAUUUCCUGGAUGAUCAAAAGCUUAAGAAGUUAGGGUGGCAAGAAAGGACUACUUGGGAGGCAGGACUAAAGAUGACACUCGAUUGGUACACAAAAAAUCCCGAUUGGUGGGGUGAUAUAACCGGAGCCCUUCACCCACAUCCCAGAAUCUCAAACAUCGCGCCUUCACAUGAUGAAGGGUGUCUGUUGCAGCUUGUAAAAGGAAGCAAGAAAGCAUCUGGCUCAGACUUAAAGUUCUUGAUUUACGGAAAAACAGGUUGGAUUGGAGGGUUGUUAGGAAAGAUUUGUGAAGAACGUGGAAUAGCAUACGAGUAUGGAUUAGGACGACUACAGGAUAGGAGUUCUCUAAUGCAAGACAUGAUAAGAGUAAAGCCAACUCAUGUUUUCAACGCGGCUGGUGUUACUGGGAGGCCUAAUGUGGAUUGGUGUGAAUCACACAAAGUAGAAACAAUUAGAACGAAUGUUGCUGGUACACUAACUUUAGCUGAUAUCUGCAGAGAGGCUGAUAUCUUAGUGAUGAAUUUCGCGACAGGUUGCAUAUUUGAAUAUGAUGAGCAGCAUCCACUAGGCUCAGGCAUCGGAUUCAAAGAAGAAGACAAACCAAAUUUUACAGGAUCCUUCUACUCGAAAACCAAAGCCAUGGUGGAAGAGCUUCUAAAAGAAUACAACAACGUUUGCACUCUCAGAGUAAGAAUGCCAAUAUCAUCAGACCUUAGUAACCCAAGAAACUUCAUCACAAAGAUCACGCGUUAUGAUAAAGUGGUAAACAUCCCAAACAGCAUGACAGUUCUAGAUGAGCUACUACCAAUCUCUAUCGAAAUGGCAAAGAGAAACUGUAGAGGUAUAUGGAACUUCACAAAUCCGGGAGUUGUGAGCCACAACGAGAUUCUAGAGAUGUACAGAGACUACAUUGAUCCUAAAUUCAAAUGGCAGAAUUUCGAUCUUCAAGAACAAGCUAAAGUGAUCGUUGCACCGCGAAGUAACAAUGAGCUUGACAUGACAAAGCUGAAAAAUGAGUUUCCAGAAUUGCUAUCAAUCAAAGAUUCAAUCAUCAAGCUAUUAUACAAUGAAGGAUUUAUCCGGUGCGCACAAAGUGCUUACCCGAAAAGCAGAUGCUCCGACAGAAAUUAUAGCGGUUACGGAUUAUCCUGAGAUUUCAAAAAGAAAAAUAAUGUUUGAAUCUUCAAACUGUAUUCAUGAGUUAUUCUGAAUCAAGA